AUGCGUUUUCGACCGGCUGCUGUUUAUCGAAAUCUUGGUCUAGUCAUUGGAGUUUUUUUUAUUUUUUACCUCGGCAAAUCAAUUAUUGGAUACGAUGAUGGGAAACAUAUAUCACAUCCGAAAAACCCAAAACAUCUCUAUAUUACGGUCGAUAAAAACAGAAUCGAUCAUCGUUUUGAUAAGCUUUCCCCAAAAAGGAUUCUUGUUUGGAAUUCGAUUUUCGGAAGUCAUGUCGACAAUAAAGUGAUGUUAGAGUGUCCCGGAUUAUCGGAUCGCUGUAUCAUCGACUCAAAUCGAAGUCGUUUGGGUUUAGUGGAUGCGGUGAUCAUUCAUGCACCGAAUAUAGAUGAAGGAUUGCCACCAGCUGAGAUGAGAAAACCCUCUCAACGUUACGUAUUCAUGACAAUGGAGGUGCCCGAUAAUAUCCCCAAAAUCUCCAUUCCAAAACAUUAUUUCAAUUGGUCAAUGUCUCAUCUUCAUUCAUCCGAUGUUCUAUUCAAAUAUGGCGGUUUCUGGUUGACAUCAAAAGAAGCCGAAUUGAGGGGAUUCAAGAUUGGAGAUUAUUUCAUACCUGAAAAAACUCUUCGAAAAUCGAAAUCUGGAAUCUUUGGUCUUGUCUCAAAUUGUGCAACUUCAUCAAAAAGAGAAUGGGCUUUGAAGAAACUUUCCACCUAUAUGAAUGUCACAAUUGGAGGAAAAUGUGCAUGGGAUGAGAAAAUGAAAGAAAUUUGUCCAAAAGGGCAAAAGUGUGACUCAAUCUUUGCUGAAUAUCCAUUCUUUUUGGCAGCAGAAAAUACGGUUUGCGAAGAUUAUGUGACGGAGAAAUAUUGGGAGAGAAAUCUUUUCCCAUCAAUUCCGAUCGUUUUACGAAGAAGUGCCUACAGUAAUGUAAAUUUACCCCGUCAAUCGGUGAUCGCCUUUGAUGAUUUCGGAUCACCGAAAGAGAUGGCCGAACAUUUGAUGAGUUUGGAGAGAAAUUUCACCGCUUAUGCCGAGUAUUUCAAAUGGAGAAAUGGAGGUUGGACGCUUGCUCCAUGGAAUACGGCGGGUUUCCGAAAUGGAUACUGUAAAUUGUGUGAGAAAUUAUGGGAUGAAGAACAACCGGAGAGUACGAUUGAGGACAUUUAUGCAUGGUUUCAAGCAGAAUCUCGUUGUGAGAAUGGGGAUUGGGCAACUGAAUGGAUCCAAGGAGGAUCAAGU